AUGGCGUUCCCAGUGAAAUUCGCUGGCAAUGAAUACGACUUGAAAAAGUUUAUGAGGGACCAUCCGGGGGGUGUAAAUACUUUGAAUAAAUAUAAGGGCAAGUCGAUAGCUCAAGCUAUGAAACUGUAUGGGCAUAGUUAUAGUGCCUAUCAUAUGUUAAGUGAUUUAAAAGUUGAAAAGAAUAAUAACUUGACCGGAAGUGUGAGUGAAAACGGAAGGAUUAUUACCAAAGAGGAAGCUGAAUGGGAUUCAGAAGAAAUUGCAUUUUUAGAAGAGUUAGAGGUA